CCAAGAUGGCGGAGGCCGUGUGGGAGCUGCUGGAGCGGGCGGCGCGGCGGGAGGCGCCGCUGGAGGAGCUGCGGGCCCUGCGCCUCGCCCUUCAGGCCGUGCCGCCCGCCGCCCUCCGCGCCCGCCUCGGCCACGACCACCUGGCAGCGCUUUUCGCCCUCCUCAGCGUCAAUGACCGGGAGCAGGUGUCUGAAUGCGUUUCCAUCCUGGAGAGGCUUCUGCAGGCCCUGGACCCGAUCUAUCUGAUACAGAACCUCAGGGAAGAGCUUCAGAAAGGACUUUUCCACCCUGACGACUCCGUGAAAAUCCUCACGAUAUCCCAGGUUGGGAGAAUUGUUGAAGAUUCAGGUGCUGUCACAGAAAUUCUCAACAGUCCUGAACUCUUACGGCAAAUUAUCAACUGCAUUGGUGGAGAGAAGAUAGCAGUGGCCAAAGAGGCCAUCAAAUCUCUCUCAAGAAUUGCACAAACACAGGAUGGCUUGGAGGCUUUGUUUGUCAGCAGCCUGUUGAGUGACUUGAAGAGUGUCAUGGCAACAAACGACGUCGUUCGGUACAGAGUGUACGAGUUAAUUGUUGAGAUUUCUUCGGUGUCAGCAGAUUCGCUGAAUUACUGUGCAAACAGUGGAUUAAUCUCAGAGCUAAUUGGAGAGCUGACUGGAGAUGAUGUGCUGGUCAGAGCUACCUGCAUAGAGAUGGUGACCUCCCUGGCCCACACUCCCCAGGGCCGUCAGUAUCUGGCUCAGCAAGGCGUCAUCGAUAAGAUCUCCAACAUCAUCCUUGGUGCUGAGUCUGACCCUUUCUCAGGCUUCUAUCUGCCAGGAUUCAUUAAAUUUUUUGGGAACCUGGCUGUGGUAGACAGUCCCCAGCAGAUCUGUGAGCGAUACCCUGUCUUCAUGGAGAAAGUCUUUGAAAUGGCAGAAAGUCACGAUCCCACCAUGAUUGGAGUGGCUGUGGACACACUGGGCAUCCUGGGAUCAAAUGUGGAAGGCAAACAGGUUUUACAGAAAACCAGAAGCAGGUUUGAGAAGCUGCUGAGCAGAAUAGGGCACCAGGCAAAGAACGCCCCCACAGAGCUACGGCUGCGCUGCUUGGACGCCAUCGCGUCGCUUCUCUACUUGUCUCCAGAGCAGCAGACUGAAGAUCUCCUGAGGAUGACUGAGUCGUGGUUCACAUCCUUGUCUAGCCAGCCCUUGGAGCUCUUCAGGAGCAUCAGCACACAGCCCUUCCCUGAUCUCCACUGUGGGGCUUUACGGGUGUUCACUGCAAUUGCAAAUCAACCAUGGGCCCAGAAGCUGAUGCUUGACAGUCCAGGGUUUGUGGAGUAUGUUGUAGACAGAUCUGUGGAGCCUGACAAAGCCUCGAAGGAUGCCAAAUACGACCUGGUGAAGGCCCUUGUAAACUCUAAAACAAUUGCUGAAGUCUUUGGGAAUCAGUAUUACCUGAGGCUUAGGGCUUAUUUGCAUGAAGGCCCUUAUUAUGUUAAGGCAGUUUCUACUACAGCUGUGGAGGGAGCAGAAUAAUGUCAUUGAUGUCUUGGUUCCUCUUCUUGCAAACCAUAUUACUGGAAUAGGUGUUAAGGUGUAAAGCAACUCCACUAUGGAGAGUCUUUAAGUUGUCUCUUGAAAGGAAUAUUGAAGCACUUUGACUCUUGAGUCCAUGAGAGCAAAUCAAAACCUCCAGGGCACAGCAUAAUCUCCCUUAGAAUGCCAUGGCAGAAGUUCUCUGUGUACUGUCAUGAGACAAGUAACCAAGGUGAGCACUGUCAGCUGCUCACUGGCCUGCUCUGCAGGAAUUAGUGGUGUUGAGUUAAAUUGUUUGUGGGUUUGGAGUUACUAUAAUGUUUCCUUAGUAGAUCACAGAUCAAUUAAAAACCCAGAACACCCUGAGGUUGGGAACCUCAGAUGCUGAUGUUUCUCUUUUGUUUUUUUUAAGUUGUUUUUCUUUUCUCUCUGCCCAAGUUGGCACUUGCACAGAGCCCACUCAGAGGGUUCUGUCAGAGCCCACUCAGAGGGUUCUGUCAGAGCCCACUCAGAGGGUUCUGUCAGAGCCCUCCUGGGAAGAAUAAGCUGGUAACAGUCUGUCCACAUGAGGGAGUGCAAACUGGGUUCCCUUCUGUUUCCCACUUGCUGGAUGAAAGUCUUGCUUGAAUAAAUAACCACAGAUAUUGUUUACAUUUUAUGCUGAAGAUGAAAAAAAGCUUUUAGCCCUUUUAAAAACCAGUGAGUGUGCACUCUGGUGUCUAAAACCAGACAGGGAGCUUUCUCUCUUUUGUUGACUGCAACUCUCUGUGGCAGCUCAGCUCAAAAGGAGCGUGAGUAUAGCACAGCAGCUCUGCUUCAGAACCAAAUCUUAUCUUGUUUACACUGUUUUUUAACAUGUUAAGUGUUAUUUAAAGAAAAAUGUAUGUUUUGUGUUGGCCUGAGUUAGAAUGGAAAGAACACAGAGCUUUUGUGCUGAAGGGUAUGAACUGCAUCAGGAGGAUGGAGAUGAAGUUGUCCUCUCCUGAAGCUGGUCAGCCAGCUGUGGAUGUGGGGCCAGACUGGCUGGACACUCUAGUGACAUGUGAUGUGUCUUUGUCCAUAAGUGGAGACCACAAUGUACUUUAUACAGAAGAUUUAUAUCAUUUUUGUUAAAGACAUAAGAUGCAAAUCUAAGGAAUAGCUGGGGGGAGGGAGCAUAAUCCUUCAUGUAAUUACUGCCUUGGGGCUUUAGGAGUGUGUCAAAUCGGGUUACACCUCUAUGGGAAGGUACUUGCCCCAUGUCCUGCUCUGCCAGGUAAAGCCACAUGAUCUAGUCACUCAGUGACUCUCUUCUUGCUUGUGGUAGCUUUGAGCUGCAGCAGAAGUGAUGGUGUUGACUGCCAAAAAUUGCUGCAGAGCACUGAGGUGGGCUCAGAGUAGCUGGGGGAGACCCUUUAGUGUUUAAUAAGCUGCCUGAAGGCAGAGUCUCUGCCUUGUUGCUUCUGAUCUGAGAUGUACAGAAGUUGUCAUCCACCAUCAUGCUGCUGCUGCUGCAUUCAUCCUGGAUGUGCAUAAUAAACAGCUGCUAGUGAGAAA